AUGGAGGAGACUGGGGGAGCUAGUGGGCUUAGCUCCCUGACCCCCCACUCUGUACAAGGAGAAGUAGUACCAGAGGCAAAAGGGACCCUAGCUCCCUCCAAACCAGACACUGAACUUCUCUGUCCACCUCUCAUCACUCUAAAUAAAGAAAGUGAAGGAAAAGGCCGUAGGCGUGGAGGUCCCCCUAAGAGGAGCACAGAGCCAGGAUCAACUCUAGUAGGGCCAACUGCUGCUUUGCCAGUUGGGAAGAAAAGUGUAGUCCUGACCAAUGAAGCCAGGAGAGAAAUGGCCAAGCAGGCCAAAGUCACCAAGGAGGAGAGAAGAGCUCAGUUAGAUGACAGACACAAGUAUUUGAUAUCAAGAUUAGCAGAUGUGUUAGGUUUAAACAUACAGGAAGUAGAGGACUCCAUUAUUUCUGAUGAUAAGUUUCAGCUUCUUGGAGAAUUCUUUGCACCUACUGGACUAAAAAAGUUACUUUUCUUUUACCAAGAUGUACUGCAGCAGCAAAAGUCAAAUAUUUCUUUGUGGCCGGAUGGGUCUUCUAGCAAGUUGUGCUCUCAGAGGAGGCUAUUUAUUACUACCGGCUGUAAUGAGGGCUUGACAGGAACUUGUGCAUUUUUUCUAAGGACUACAGAUAAAGCAAUUACUACAGCAAAUGUCUCUCAGGAGGUGAAUUUUGGCAUGUUUGAUUGUAGCAAUGGAAGUAUCCUUCAGGGCCUGGAAAUCUUCCUGGCCCAAGUCCUCAUACCAACACUUAAAUCCCAACAGCACUGGGGAGCUGUGAAAGAAGGCUUGAAGAACAGCCAGAUACAACAUUUUCUGUAUUGUUUGGAUAAAUUUGUGGGUAUUUUGUCAUCAUCAAGACAGAAUUUGGAUGGGAAAAUUCAGCUGCAGGAGGUGGAUAUUGACAGUUACCUUAACAAUUUGCAUAACCCAUCUGACUACAUAACAGCAGGCAGUAACACAGAGAUCAUUGAAAAACUUGAGGGAGCACUAAUCAUUUGGAUCAAACAAAUUGGACAAGUUUUGGUGGAAAAUGAGCAAAUGAGAAAAGAAGCUGAUGACAUUGGCCCAUCUGCUGAACUGGAGCAUUGGAAGUCAAGGAUGGCUGCAUUUAACAGCCUUUUAGAUGAGAUCAAGAGUCCAAGAGUAAAGAAAGUUCUCAGUAUUCUUCAGGCAGCAAGAUCCAAAAUAUUAAAGCAGUGGAAAGACCUGGAUGGUAAUGUAACAAAUGCUGCCAAUGAAGCUAAAGACAAUGUAAAAUAUUUAUAUACACUGGAUAAGUUUUUUGGUCCACUUGAUAAAGCCUCACCUGAAGAAAUGGUGAAACACAUACCCAAUUUAAUGAACAGUAUCUGUAUGAUCUACUGUACAUCACCAUACUAUAAUACAUCAGAACAUAUGACAUCUCUUCUUCUUAAAGUCACCAACCAAAUGAUUAGCACAUGCAAGAUGUAUCUAAAGGAGGGUGUUUUGAAAAUUUGGGACCUAGAUAGGCCAGAAUUGUUAAGGAGGAUACAAGAAUGUAUUUAUCUUAAUGAACAGUAUCAAACGUCUUUUCAGAGAGUGAGAGAGAAGCUAAGAGAAACCCCUUCUGACAAGCAGUUUGAUUUCAGUGAAAAUUAUAUAUUUGGAAAAUUUGAUACAUUCUGUAAGCACUUGGAAAAGAUUUCAGAUAUAAGUAAUAUCAUGACAGAUCUUUCAGAGCUACAAGAUGUAAAACUAGAAGGGAUUGAAAAAAUCAAUACUCGUUACCAGAUCAUUGCUACAAACAUCAAGUCAAAAACCUAUGAUAUUUUGGAUCCCAGGAAACAAGAGUUUGAAAAAGAUUAUCUUGAAUUUAAAAAGCAAACUGAAGCUCUGUACCAGACAGUCCAAGAAUUCAUGGAGUCCUGGUUUGAGAAACCCUUAACUACUGAACAGAUGUUGGGACUGUUGAUCCAGUUUGAACAAUUAGGUAAAGACCACAUUGAUCUUAAUGAGAAGUAUAUAACUGUCCUUCAGCGAUACAGCAGAGAUUUAGACUUGGUUCGAAAACUCUACCAGAAGCAAAAGGAAAAUCCGCCUAUCCUUCGUAACAUACCACCUGUAACUGGGAAGAUUAUGUGGGCUCAGCAACUAUUCAGAAAAAUAGAACAUCCGAUGAAAAUCCUCAAAAAGAAAACCACGCUUUUGCAGACUCCAGAAAUGAAGAAGGUUGUUAAAAGCUACAACAAAAUGGCUGCAGUUCUAUUAGAGUAUGAACUCCUUUAUCACAGAGUAUGGUGCAAGUCUGCUGACCAAGUUAAGAAUGGACUGCAUGCUUCAUUACUAGUCAGACACCCAGAAACCAAGGAAUUAUUUGUGAAUUUGGAUUCCAUGGUCCUUGAAGUACUUUAUGAAACAAAAUACCUGAAAAAAAUCAGUUUUGAAGUUCCAGAUGUUCUGGUUGGCUUGAUUGCAGAAGAAGAACAGAUUAAAACACAUCAGAUGAAGCUUCAGGAUCUCUUGGUUGAUUACAGUAAUUUUUUAAAUGGAAUUCCAACUAUUCUGGAACCACUGAUGAAACCAUUUAUAGGACAAAUUGAUGAUGCUCUCACACCAGGUUUGACCCAGCUAUCGUGGACAUCUUCAAACAUUGAUAAAUUUAUCAAGGAGGUGUAUAAUUCCCUUGAAGAUGUGGGCCAUAUAGUCAAAGAAGCAUCUGACACUCUGGAAUGCAGAAUUGAAAGAAUUCUGCAGAAUAUGGCCAAAACUCCUCUUUUAAUUCUGCCUGAAGAUGAACCCAUUGAAGUACCUGAUUUCCUGGAGAUGACACAAAAGCUUACCUUUGCAGCAGCUGGUACUCUGUCUCUAGAAAGCCAGCAGGUGGAACAUUCUGUGUAUGAACUGAUAGACAUUCUUAAGCACAGGUUGAAGCCAGAAGUCAAAAGUAGUCUUCAGGAUACGUUUACCUGCAAACAUCCUGAUGUGAAACAAAAAACACGCUGCCAGGAAUGUCUGUCUUGCAGCUAUUAUAAUCUCCUGGGGCAACUUUGUCAGAAAAAUACUGACUCUGUAGUCAAAUGCACCCAGAUUUCUUUAGAAGCUCUAAAACGUCGUUUACACGUUGCCAACUCUAAAUAUCAGAUAACCAAAUUGAUAAAGGAUCAAAGAGUUCCAUUAUUCAAAGCUGAAAUUCAGUUGGCCAUUCCAAAUGUUGUCUUGAGACCAAGUCUUGAUGAAAUCCAGAAUGCUGUAAACAAAGCAGUAAAUAUCAUGUUGUCAAUGGCCAGAGAUUUACCAUUAUGGAAGUUUGCUCAUCUGCAUCAUAGACAGCAGCAGACUGAACAGGCUGCUGCCAUAGAGCUCGGGGAUGAGAGCAAACUGACGAAGAUGGUGGCACUGAAACUUUUGGACAAACAGAUCAGUGAACACAAAGAUAUAAACAAAGUAAUAAUCCAUCUUAGCACGAUAAUUUCAUCUCUUAAGAAUGAUGCUGCGAAAAUUUUGAAGAGUUUUAGUAAAUUCUCAAGCAUCUGGAAUCAGGAGCCAGAAGAAAAAGUAAAAGAGUUUCUAGAAACAAAUCCAGUGAUGUCUGAAUUCCACACUCAGCUUAGUUACUUUUCUCUAUUAGAAAUCCAAAUUAGAGAAUUGCCAAAUCAUUGUGUAUUGGAAUCAGUGGAUUUUGCAACAGAAUCUUUGAAAAUGGCCUUAAUUCAGGAAUGUCGUUUGAGACAGAGAACAUUUGGAUUAGCUUUAAAUAAAAAAUCUGCCGUAGACAUGGAUGAAAUUUAUGCAUUCAUUGACAAUCUCAGCAAGCAAUUAAUCAGGCCAAUCAAUGAUCUUGAUGAUGUGCGCAGCACAAUGGAAGCACUAAAGGAAAUUCGUGAAGUUGAGAUAAAAAUAGAUAUAACAAUUGGACCUAUAGAAGAAUCUUACUCUCUGUUACAUAAAUAUGAUCUGCUCUUUCAAGAUGGAAACGCAGAGAGAGUUGAUGGGUUAUCUUAUGCAUGGAAAAGCCUAAACACUCAGGCACUAAGAACUCAGGACUUAUUACUUAAAGCACAACCAGCCAUGAAAAAAGAUUUAUUGGAUGGUGUUAAAAAGUUCCAGGUGGAUACUGUGGAAUUUUACAAAGACUAUGAUGAUAAUGGCCCUGGUGUGGAAAACCUCCCCCCACAGGAAGCAAGCGACCGAUUACAAAUCUUCCAAGCCAAGUUUGAUGAACUAUGGAGGAAGUACAUCACUUUUUCUGGUGGGGAGGAAUUAUUUGGUCUUUCUGUCACAGAAUAUCCAGAAUUGCAAAAAAUAAGACGUGAUCUUACAUUGCUUCAGAAACUUUAUGGUCUCUACAAUUCAGUUAUUGAUAAAAUCAAUGGAUACUAUGAAAUACUUUGGAGUGACUUAGACAUUGAAAAAAUUAACAACGAACUUACAGAUUUUCAAAACAGAAUUCGUAAAUUGCCUAAAGCACUGAAGGAAUGGCAGGCUUUUUAUGACCUCAAAAAGAAGAUUGAUGAUUUCACUGAGAGUUGUCCUUUGCUUGAAAUGAUGGCAAAUAAAGCCAUGAUGCCAAGACACUGGGAAAGAAUUGCACAAGUAACUGGACAUAUCUUUGAUAUUAACUCUGAAAGUUUCUCUCUGAAGAACAUAAUGGAUGCCUGUUUGCUAAAGUAUAAGGAAGAUAUUGAGGAUAUCUGUAUCAGCGCUGUUAAAGAAAAGGAUAUUGAAGCAAAAUUGAAACAUGUCAUCAAUGAGUGGAGUACUCAUGUCUUUACAUUCAGCCAGUUCAAAACAAGAGGAGAACUGCUUCUGAAAGGAUCAGAUAUAUCAGAGAAGAUAGCAUUGAUGGAAGACAGUCUCAUGAUAUUGGGAUCCCUUUUGAGCAACAGGUACAAUGCACCAUUUAAGCCCGCAAUACAACAAUGGGUUCAGAAAUUGACCAAUACCACAGAAAUAAUUGAAAACUGGAUUAUAGUACAAAACCUCUGGAUUUACCUGGAAGCUGUGUUUGUUGGUGGAGACAUUGCGAAACAACUGCCUCAGGAAGCCAAAAGGUUUCACAACAUUGAUAAAUCUUGGCAGAAGAUUAUGCAGAGAGCACAUGAGACAUCAAAUAUAGUACAGUGCUGUGUUGGAGAUGAGAUGUUGGCACAGCUGUUUCCACAUUUACUGGAACAACUGGAAAUAUGUCAAAAAUCACUAACUGGGUAUUUGGAAAAGAAACGAUUAGUAUUUCCCAGAUUUUUCUUUGUCUCUGAUCCUGCUCUUCUGGAAAUACUUGGUCAGGCAUCGGAUUCACACACUAUUCAGGGACAUUUGCUAAGUCUUUUUGACAAUGUUAAUCGAGUGGGAUUUCAUGAAAAGAACUAUGACCAGAUUUUAUUGUUUGAAUCUCAAGAAGGAGAAAAAGUCAAUAUUAUUGAGCCUGUUCUAGCUCAGGGUAAUGUGGAAUGCUGGUUAGGACAACUGCUGAAGGGGAUUAAGAAAACAAUCCACAGCAUCAUUAGACAGGCAUCUGUAGCCAUCAGUGACUCAGCGUUCAAGCUUUAUGACUUUCAGGCAAUGUUUCCUGCACAAAUAGGUCUUCUGGGAAUUCAAAUGAUCUGGACCAGAGAUGCAGAGAAUGCCCUCAACAGUGCCAAAACAGACAAAAAGAUCAUGAACACAACAAAUCAGAAGUUUUUGGAUCUUUUAAACGAUUUGAUUGACAUGACAACACGCAAUCUGACAAGAAUGGAGCGCACAAAAUAUGAGACUUUAAUUACUAUUCAUGUACACCAAAAGGAUAUCUUUGAUGAUUUGGUCCAUAUGAACGUUAAAUCUCCAUCUGAUUUUGAAUGGCAAAAACAAUCUAGAUUUUACUUUAUUGAAGAUGUGGACAAAUGCACCAUCCAAAUCACUGAUGUAGAGUUCAGCUACUGCAACGAAUAUUUAGGCUGUACAGACAGACUUGUCAUAACUCCUUUAACUGACAGGUGCUAUAUCACAUUGGCUCAGGCGCUGGGAAUGAGUAUGGGUGGUGCUCCAGCAGGACCUGCAGGUACAGGGAAAACCGAGACAACUAAAGACAUGGGCAAGUGCCUCGGAAAGUAUGUUGUUGUCUUUAAUUGUUCAGACCAAAUGGACUACAGAGGUCUGGGACGCAUUUAUAAAGGUUUAGCCCAGUCAGGUGCAUGGGGUUGCUUUGAUGAAUUUAAUCGGAUAGAGCUUCCAGUUCUGUCAGUGGCUGCUCAGCAAAUCUAUAUUGUACUUCAGUGUAAAAAAAAUAAGAAGCCUCAGUUCAUCUUCACUGACGGUGAUGUUGUUGAUAUGGACAGAGAGUUUGGCAUAUUCUUGACUAUGAACCCUGGCUAUGCAGGCCGACAGGAGCUUCCAGAAAAUCUGAAGAUCCAGUUCCGUACAGUAGCUAUGAUGGUUCCGGAUCGUGGUAUUAUCAUGAGAGUUAAACUGGCGAGUGCUGGUUUCCGAGACAACCAAAUCCUGAGUCGAAAAUUUUAUACCCUUUACAAACUUUGUGAAGAGCAGUUAUCUAAACAGGUUCACUAUGAUUUUGGGUUACGAAAUAUUUUGUCUGUUUUAAGAACACUUGGAGCAGUGAAAAGAUCUAAUCCCAAUGAGCCAGAGAAAACAGUUGUGAUGAGAGUUCUGCGUGACAUGAACCUCUCUAAACUGGUGGAUGAAGAUGAACCUUUAUUUAUGAGUCUGAUUAAUGACCUGUUCCCUGGUAUUACUCUUGAUAAGGCUGGAUAUCCUGAAUUGGAGUCAGCCAUUCAGAAACAGACAGAGAAAGCAGGGCUUAUACAUCAUCCACCGUGGUUUCUAAAACUCAUUCAGUUGUAUGAAACACAACGAGUACGACAUGGUACGAUGACUCUAGGUCCAACUGGUGCCGGCAAGACAAAAUGCAUUAAUAUCUUGAUGAAAGCUAUGACAGAUUGUGGUGCUCCCCAUAAAGAGAUGAGAAUGAACCCAAAGGCAAUCACAGCUUCCCAGAUGUUUGGUACCCUUGAUGUUGCUACAAAUGAUUGGACAGACGGUAUUUUUUCUACUUUAUGGAGAAAAACAUUAAAAGCAAAGAAGGGAGAACAUAUAUGGAUAGUUUUGGAUGGCCCAGUGGAUGCAAUAUGGAUUGAAAAUCUGAACUCUGUUCUGGAUGAUAAUAAAACCCUUACUCUAGCUAAUGGAGAUCGGAUUCCAAUGUCCUCAAACUGCAAGAUUGUUUUUGAACCUCACAACAUUGACAAUGCUUCUCCUGCGACAGUGUCUCGUAAUGGGAUGGUCUUCAUGAGUUCUUCAGUGCUAGAUUGGAGGCCUAUCUUGAAGGCUUGGCUCCAAACCUUGCCUGUUACACACUCUGAUGUCCUAUGGAAUUGUUUCAAUAGUGUAUUUCAGGAUUUGAUUGAUUUUGUUUUCACUGCUGUGACACCAAAAAUGCCAAUUUUAGAAUGCAUGUACAUCAAGCAAGCGAUUGACCUCCUACAGGGUUUAUUGGCAGACCAAGAUGAGAAGCAGCCCAGUCAGGAGCAUAUAGCUCGCUUGUUUGUUUUUGCUAUAAUGUGGUCAGUUGGAGCUCUAUUGGAACUGGAUGACAGAGUGAAAAUGGAGCUGUUCUUAAGGAGUCAUUCUGCAGUGCUAGAACUUCCAGCUGUGAAUGGAGAAGAAACCAUGUUUGAAUUUGGUAUUAGUGAUUGUGGUCAGUGGGAACACUGGUCAAAGAGGGUACUGGAAUAUAUAUACCCUAGCGAUUCAGUGCCAGAAUACACUUCCAUUCUGGUUCCAAACGUUGAUAAUAUUCGAACGGAUUUUCUAAUGGACACUAUUAUGAAGCAAGGAAAAGCUGUUCUGCUAAUUGGGGAGCAGGGAACAGCGAAAACAGUUAUGAUUAAGGGUUAUACCAGCAAAUAUAAUCCUGAAGUUCAUCUGACCAAGUGUUUAAACUUUUCUUCUGCAACUUUACCAAGUAUGUUCCAAAGAAGUAUAGAAAGUUACAUAGAUAAAAGAAUGGGAACCACCUAUGGUCCUCCAUCUGGGAAGAAAAUGACUGUUUUUAUUGAUGACAUCAACAUGCCUGUGAUUAAUGAAUGGGGUGAUCAGAUCACCAAUGAAAUUGUAAGGCAAUUGAUGGAGCAAAAAGGUUUCUACAAUUUAGAAAAGCCAGGAGAAUUCACUAAUAUAGUUGAUAUCCAGUUUGUAGCUGCCAUGAUUCACCCUGGAGGAGGUCGGAAUGAUAUUCCACAGCGCCUGAAACGCCAGUUUACUGUUUAUAACUGCACAUUGCCCUCCAAUGCGUCUAUUGACAAAAUAUUUCGAACGGUAGCUGAAGGCUAUUUCUGUGUACACAGAGGUUUCCCUGAAGGGAUAUGUAAACUAGCAUCAGCAUUAGUACCUACAACUCGAAAAGUCUGGCAAGCAACUAAAAUAAAGAUGCUACCAACUCCCGCUAAAUUUCAUUACAUCUUUAAUUUACGAGACCUCAGUCGUAUUUGGCAAGGGAUACUUACAGUCACAGCUGAAGUUUGCCAGAGCACCAGUGUUUUGGUAGCCCUCUUCCAGCAUGAAUGCAAACGUGUAAUUGCAGAUAGGUUCACAAGCCAGAAUGACAGAGACUGGUUUGAAGAUAUGAUGAAAAAGAUUGCUGAUGAAGAGCAUGGUGAAGACUUACUAGGAAGUAACUCCAAAGAACUGUACUUUGUGGAUUUUUUACGUGAUGCUCCAGAACCCACUGGAGAUGAAUCUGAAGAUGUAGAACUAGAAGCUCCUAAAAUUUAUGAGUCUGUUCCAUCUUUUGAUCACUUGGCUGAAAGAUUACAGAUGUUCAUGUUGCAGUAUAAUGAAACCAUCAGAGGUGCAAAGGUGGACUUAGUAUUUUUCAAGGACGCAAUGAUCCACUUGGUUAAAAUAUCCCGUAUUAUCCGUACCCCACAAGGAAAUGCCUUGUUGGUUGGUGUGGGUGGAUCUGGAAAACAGAGCCUGACCAGAUUAGCAUCAUAUAUUGCUGGAUAUCAAAGCUUUCAAAUUACCCUAACAAGAACAUAUGGCACCAAUAACCUUUUGGAUGAUCUGAAAACUCUGUACUGCACUGCUGGACAGAAAGGAAAGGGUGUUACCUUUAUAUUUACAGACAAUGAAAUCAAAGAUGAGUCUUUUCUCGAGUAUAUGAACAAUGUUUUGGCUUCAGGUGAGGUUUCCAAUCUUUUUACACGAGAGGAGAUAGAUGAAAUAACACAAGACCUGAUACCAGCAAUGAAGAAAGAACACCCAAGACUUUCUCCAACCAAUGAAAAUCUUUAUGAUUACUUUCUUACUCGUGUUCGCAACAAUUUGCAUGUGGUUCUUUGUUUUUCUCCUGUUGGUGAGAAGUUCAGAACUCAUGCACUAAAGUUUCCAGGUUUGAUUUCAGGAUGUACCAUGGACUGGUUUCAGCGCUGGCCUAAAGAUGCUCUAAUAGCAGUUGCACACCAUUUUCUAGAAUCCUACAAAAUUGAAUGCACAGAUGAAGUCAAACAAAGUGUGGUUAACACUAUGGGAACAUUUCAAGAUAUUGUAGCUGAAAAAUGUGUUGACUACUUUGAACGAUACAGACGUCAAACAUUUGUGACUCCAAAAUCUUAUCUGUCCUUCAUCAGAGGUUACAAAACCAUCUACAAAGAGAAAUUCACUGAAGUUGAAAAUUCUUCCAGCCGCAUGAAAACAGGUCUUACAAAACUGAUGGAAGCUGAGGUUUCUAUAAGCCAUUUGUCAAAAGAGCUGGCGGUAAAAGAACAAGACUUGGCUGCUGCUUCAAAAAAAGCUGAUGAAGUUUUACUGGAAGUGACUAUGAAAGCUCAAGCUUCUGAAAAGGUGAAAAUGCAGGUUCAAAAGGUGAAAGACAAAGCCCAGGCCAUUGUGGAUGAAAUUGCCAUGGAUAAAGCAGUAGCUGAAGAAAAACUGGAGGCUGCAAGACCUGCGCUGGAGGAAGCCGAAGCAGCACUCCAGACUAUUAAGCCUGCUGAUAUUGCUACUGUUCGUAAACUGGGUAAACCUCCUCAUUUGAUAAUGCGGAUCAUGGAUUGUGUGCUGCUUUUGUUCCAAAGAAAAAUUGAUUCUGUGCAAGCUGACCCAGAACGACCAUGUGUGAAACCCUCAUGGACUGAAGCUUUGAAGCUAAUGAAUAAUUCAGGAUUUCUUAGUAUGUUGCUUACUUUCCAGAAGGAUUCAAUUACGGGAGAGAUAGUAGAACUGCUAGAGCCUUACUUAGAGAUGGACGAUUAUAAUUUGGAGACUGCUAAAAAAGUUUGUGGCAAUGUAGCAGGUCUUUGCUCAUGGACACAAGCAAUGGCCUACUUCUAUGGGAUUAAUAAAGAAGUCCUUCCACUUAAGACAAAUCUAGCAUUGCAAGAAGCAAGGCUGACAGUUGCCCAGACUGAACUGAAUAAUGCUCAAAACCAGCUUGAGGAGAAGCAGAGAGAAUUGGAUGAAGUCCAAGCCAUGUAUGAUGCUGCCAUGAGAGAGAAGCAAGCUUUACUGGAUGAUGCUAAGGCUUGCAGGGAGAAGAUGAACAAUGCCACUACCCUUAUUGAAGGAUUAGGUGGAGAAAAGAUUCGUUGGACAGAAAGCAGCAAAAAUUUUCAGAAUCAAAUUAUUCAGUUGGUGGGAAAUGUUCUUCUGGCCACAGGAUUUCUCUCUUACUCUGGGCCAUUCAAUCAGGAAUAUAGAAACCUGCUGCUACAACUCUGGAAGAGAGAGAUGAUCCACAACAGGAUUCCAUUCAGUGAUGAUCUUAACCUCAUCAGUAUGCUUGCUGCCAAUGCUACAGUUGGUGAAUGGAAUCUCCAGGGUCUUCCAAAUGAUGACCUUUCAAUUCAGAAUGGAAUUAUUGUCACAAAGGCAUCUCGAUAUCCUUUGUUGAUUGACCCACAAGGUCAAGGAAAGAUCUGGAUUAAAAAUAAAGAAAAGAAUAAUGAACUCCAGGUUACAGCUCUGAACCACAAGUACUUCAGGAAUCAUAUAGAAGACUGCCUUUCCCUGGGAAGACCUCUGUUAAUAGAAGAUGUUGGAGAAGAACUCGAUCCUGCUCUAGAUAGCAUUUUGGAAAAAAAUUUCAUAAGAUCUGGCUCAACUCAUAAAGUAAAAGUAGGUGACAAGGAAGUAGAUGUGAUGACGGGAUUUACGCUUUAUAUAACAACUAAAUUAGCUAAUCCGUCCUAUACUCCUGAGCUCAGUGCCAAAACAGCUGUGAUUGAUUUCACUGUUACCAUGAAAGGAUUGGAAGAUCAGCUCCUUGGCCGUGUCAUCCUCACUGAAAAACAGGAGCUAGAAGCAGAAAGAGUCAAGCUGAUGGAAGAAGUGACGUUUAACAAGAGGAAAAUGCAGGAACUUGAAGACAAUCUUCUUGUCCGUCUAACCAGCACAGAGGGGUCUUUGGUUGAAGACACAUCUUUGAUAGAAGUCCUAAGAAUCACUAAAAUAACUGCAGAGGAGGUCAGUGAAAAAUUAAAUACUGCGGCAGAGACAGAGGUGAAAAUCAAUACUGCACGGGAAGAAUACCGUCCAGUUGCUAGUCGCGGCAGCAUCCUUUAUUUCCUAAUUGUGGAAAUGAGUUUGGUAAAUGUAAUGUACCAGACAUCUUUAAGGCAGUUCCUUGGGAUUUUUGACCUGUCUGUUGAAAGAUCAGUGAAAUCUCAGAUCACAGCCAAGCGAGUAGCCAACAUAAUUGAGCACCUCACCUAUGAAGUAUUCAAGUAUACAGUACGAGGGCUGUAUGAAAAUCACAAGUUCCUAUUCACGUUGCUCAUGACAUUGAAGAUUGACUUGCAGGCCAAAAAAAUCACUCACAAUGAGUUUCAGACGCUCAUCAAAGGAGGUGCAAGUUUGGAUCUGAAUUCUGUGGAACCAAAACCAAAAAACUGGAUCCUUGACAUGACAUGGCUCAACCUUGUACAGUUAUCUAAUCUGAACCCCUUUAACCAGCUUCUGGGGCAAGUUGGAAGAAAUGAGAAGGCUUGGAAAGCUUGGUUUGAUGAAAAAGCUCCUGAAGAGACUCCUAUUCCAGAUGGUUAUGACAGUUUAUUGGACACAUUUCGUAAACUGCUCCUUAUCCGCAGUUGGUGUCCUGAUCAUACCAUUGCUCAGGCUCGGCACUACAUUGCAGAGUCCCUGGGCAUAAAGUAUGCAGAAGGAUUUAUCCUGGACAUGGAAGUUAUGUGGACUGAAAGUGAUUGUCGAACACCUUUGACUUGUUUUCUAUCCAUGGGGUCUGAUCCCACUGACAAUAUAGAACGUCUUGCAAAAUCAAAGAGUACUCCCUGUCAUGCCAUUUCAAUGGGUCAGGGCCAGGAGGUUCAUGCAAGACGCUUAUUGAAUCAAUGUAUGCAAGAUGGAGGAUGGCUUCUUCUACAGAACUGCCACCUGGGUUUAGAUUUUCUUGAUGAACUGUUAGACACAAUCACUACAGAAUCUGUGAAUGAGGGCUUCAGGACCUGGAUUACUACAGAGGUCCACCCAAAGUUUCCUAUUAAUCUUCUGCAGUCAUCAAUUAAAUUCACUAAUGAACCUCCUCAAGGUGUAAAAGCUGGUUUAAAGCGGACGUACUCUGCUGUUACUCAGGAACAGCUGGACGUGAGCAAUAUGCCACAGUGGAAACCAUUGCUAUAUGCUGUGGCAUUUCUUCAUACAACUGUUCAGGAAAGACGAAAGUUUGGUCCAUUAGGCUGGAACAUCCCGUAUGAAUUUAAUCAAGCAGACUUUGCAGCCAGUGUGCAAUUUAUUCAAAAUCAUUUGGAUGAUAUGGACAUUAAGCGAGGAGUUAACUGGUCUUGUGUGCGCUAUAUGCUUGGAGAAGUGCAGUAUGGUGGCCGUGUCACAGAUGACCUGGACAAAAUGUUGCUGAACACAUUUGCAAGAGUGUGGUUUGGAGAGCAUUUGUUUAGCGACAAAUUUUGCUUCUACAAAGGUUACAUAGUCCCAAAAGGCAAGACUGUUGAAGACUAUCUCCAGUAUAUAGAGCAGCUGCCAAUGGUUGAUACACCAGAGGUAUUUGGACUUCACCCUAAUGCCGACAUAACGUAUCAAACUAACACGGCUAAUGAGACAUUAAGCACAAUAGUUAGCAUUCAGCCUAAAGACAGUGGCACUGGAGGAGGGGAAACCAGAGAAGCAGUGGUACAACAUCUUGCUGAUGAAAUGCUCGAGAAGUUACCUCCCAACUACAUCCCUCAUGAGGUAAAAGCCCAGCUUCAAAAGAUGGGAGCAAUUCAACCCAUAAACAUAUUUCUACGUCAGGAAAUUGACCGAAUGCAGCGGGUUCUGUCAAGAGUCCGAAAUACGCUGACUGAUCUCAAAUUGGCCAUAGAUGGAACCAUUAUUAUGUCAGAAGAUUUGCGUGACGCACUGGAUAAUAUGUAUGACGCCAGAAUUCCAAAGCUGUGGUUCAAAAUUUCUUGGGAGUCCGCAACUUUGGGGUUUUGGUUUACUGAGCUUCUUGAGAGAAACCAGCAGUUUAGCAGUUGGCUGCUGGAUGGUCGACCAAAUCAGUUCUGGAUGACAGGAUUCUUUAACCCACAAGGAUUCUUAACAGCUAUGAGGCAGGAGACAACUCGAGCUAACUUAGCAAAAGGCUGGGCACUUGACAGUGUUAUUUUACACAAUGAUGUGACAAAAAUGAUGAAAGAAGAUGUUACUAGCCCUCCUCCUGCUGAUAUUGGUGGUGUGUAUAUCUGCGGACUUUUCCUGGAUGGAGCUGGUUGGGAUCGCAGGAAUAGUAAACUAAUUGAAUCUGCACCAAAGGUACUAUUCACAAGUCUUCCAGUGGUCCAUGUGUAUGCUAUCAGCACUACAGUGCCACCAGAUCCAAAGAAACUACAAGGAAACAUGUACUCCUGUCCUGUGUACAAAAAGCCUCAACGAACAGAUCUAACAUACAUUUUCUCCUUAUAUCUGAAAACAGUGCAAACCCCUGAUCACUGGACAAUGAGAGGUGUUGCACUACUUUGUGAUUCAAAAUAGUGCUUAUCACAGCUAUACAGUUAAAUAGGAAGACCGGGCUACUGGCUUUGGGGAUUUGUUGCAUGUAGCAUGAAGUACUAGUUAACUACACGCAGAUGCAUAAGCGUUUGCAAAUGAGAUCUGUAGAGAGAGCUAUACCUGCAUAUAGACUUGCUUAACUUUUUUUCCCAGAAGCAUCUUUAACUUGGAAACAUCAGCCAGGAAACUUCACAUCUCUCAGAUUGAAAACAUUUAUAGGUGAAAAGUCUAGAUACCGUGCAGUUGGUCCAAUAAAAGGUAUCGCCCACAAGAAUAAUAGUCACUUUGUAUUCCCAUUUGCUGCAUAAAUUAGCUCAUUCUAGUACAUGCUUCAUUCCACAUUCAUAAUAUAUGCAUAUUAAAAAAGCCCUCUUGCUUGUAAUUACUGCUCUACGUAGAUUUUAUAGUGAUUCUUUUGUGAUUCUUUUCAUCUAGCUCCUCUUCAUUACACACACAUUUUUCAUUCAAAAUGUGUAAUUACAAAUCCCUGUUUCAAUUCCAAACAGAUCUGCUGUGGUGUUACUCAAGAUGAUGUAGAAUAAGUUUAUAUACACAAAAAUGCAUGCAUAUACACAUCUAAUCUUUAGGCAUUCUUACUUUUAUUGUGCUAAGAAAUAUAUAUUGUGCUAGGAAAUAUUUAUUGUGCUAGACAGAUGUAUUGUGCUAGGAAAUAUACAUUUACACACCCAAUCUGAACAUUACCUCCUUUGAGCAUAAGGUCAUAGAGGUUGUGUAUAAAUGCAUGUAACAUUUUGUGCAGGUUAGGAAAUGCUGACCUAUACGCACAGUAAGGAAAAUGCACACACAUCCAAUGAAUAGCAGAAAGAUUUGCAGUACUGUCCCCCCCCCACACACACACACUCAAGAAUGCAAGAGACAGAAACCUUCAGGAGGUUGCAGGGAGUGCCCCUGGGAUUGGAGCGUGAGGAACAGGAAAGGGUGGGCAGUACUUAUUUUUUGGUGGCAGCCUUGAAAGCAGCAGAGCCAACAUUGAUGUGGCCUUCAUAGCUGCUGAUUCUGUGUCCUCUCAAACCUUGCACUCAUCAGCUUCCUCAGAGCUGCUGUGCUUUGCAUCAGUGUUACUGAUGGAAGUGAAAGGAACAUGAGAUGGCAUAGACACAGCUCCACCUAAAAUGGCUGCAGUUUCUAUCUGUGUGUAUAAACCUCUAAUGUAACCAAAGGCGGUUGCAUUUGCCCUUUAAGUAGUCAGGUUGGGGGGGGGGGGUUCAAACCCAA